GGACUUUCUUACUCCAUCAGUUCCAGUCUUUCUUCACGUUUGUUCUAUUCUCGUGCAGCAUAGCGACAGCGAUAUACCCCUCUGGUCCAUUUUUUCUUCAUCUUCAAAUAAUUCGUCUUAUCAAGACUGUUGGCUGUCACUGACAACGCAAUGUCAACAACAGCAGCCGCCAGCUCUCAAACCCUUAAGAUGCCCGCCGCUCGCGCCCUCGAAAACGCAAAGCAAUCUUCAGAAGCCGUUCUAAAAGACACAUCCUCCGCCAUGUCCAAAGCCGCUGAGAACCCCAAGAAAGCUACUGCAGACUUCCUACAUACACCGUUUAUGCGCGCAGCACUACCAUUCGUAAACGGUGGUAUCGCAGGCAUGACCGCAACAACCGUAAUCCAGCCCGUAGACAUGGUAAAAGUGCGUCUACAACUCGCCGGAGAAGGUGUAAAAACUGGACCCAAGCCCACCCCAGUCACAGUCUUCAGAGACAUCAUUGCACAAGGCAAGGUCCUAGAUCUUUACACAGGACUCAGCGCUGGUAUCCUUCGCCAAGCCGUCUACACAACCGCCCGCCUGGGUUUCUUCGACACAUUCAUGAAGCAACUCAGCGCACGUGCAAAAGAAAACGGCACAGCGAUUGGCUUCAAAGAACGUGCAGGUGCUGGUCUAGCCGCAGGUGGUCUCGCAGCUAUUGUGGGCAAUCCUGCUGAUCUUGCGCUCAUCCGCAUGCAAUCCGAUGGAAUGAAACCCGCUGCUCAACGCGCAAACUACACAUCCGUUAUUGAUGCCCUCGUCCGCAUCAGCAAGCAAGAAGGCGUCGCACGGUUAUGGGCAGGCAGUUACCCUACCGUCGUCCGCGCUAUGGCCCUCAACUUUGGACAAUUGGCUUUCUUCUCGGAAGCGAAACAGCAACUCAAGAACACAUCGUUGUCAUCCCGCACACAGACUCUCACUGCGUCAGCUGUAGCAGGUUUCUUCGCGUCGUUCCUAUCUCUGCCAUUCGACUUCAUGAAGACGAGAUUGCAGAAGCAGACAAAGGGACCUGACGGUACAUUGCCUUACAAGGGCAUGUUUGAUUGCUUCAAGAAGGUUGCAAAGGAGGAGGGUUUGCUAAGAUUCUACCGUGGCUUUGGAACGUACUACGUGCGCAUCGCGCCGCAUGCCAUGGUGACACUUAUUGUUGCCGAUUACUUGGGCUUCAUCACGAAAUGAUCGUC